GCCAAGAGGGUGUGCUCCAGGACAGUGUGGCCAUCGCUGCAGGGGCACGUUCCCAGGGAGUCCAAGGUUCUGACACGAUGGGGAGGCACCUGGGGGGAUGCUGCCUGGCCGUCGUGUGCGUCCUGCUCUGCAGCCAGCUCACCGCGGUGCAGGCGCGCGGCAUCAAGCACCGGAUCAAGUGGAACCGCAAGGCGCCGCCCAGCAACAGCGCCCAGGUCACCCAGGCCCAGCGGGUGCAGGUGCAGCCGCGCCCAGGCGCCUUCGUCAAGCACGGCCGCAAGCUGGACAUCGACUUCGGAGCCGAGGCCAACAGGUACUACGAGGCCAACUACUGGCAGUUCCCGGACGAUAUCCACUACAACGGCUGCUCCGAGGCCAACGUGACCCGGGAGAAGAUCGUCAGCGGCUGCAUCAACGCCACCCAGGCCGCCAACCAGGAGGAGCUGUGGCAGGAGAGGCCGGACAACCGGCUGCACCGGCGCAUCCUGUGGCGGCUGGUCCGGGAGCUCUGCUCCGUCAAGCGCUGCGAUUUCUGGCUGGAAAACGGAGCGGGUCUGUGGGUCACUGUGGACCGGCCCGCCAUGCUCUGCCUGCUGGUUUCCGUCUGGUUCAUUGUGAAAUAAGCCUGGGGGGAGGUGAGCUAAGCGGGCGGGCGAGCAAACCAGAGUCACCCCAAUUCUCUGCACCCUUCUCCCCCGCCCCCCCCCCCCCCCCCCGGUCUCCACCCACCCCAUGUUCUGAAGGUACCAAAGAGCAGUGAUUCCUCAGCGCUUCCGUAACUCUCCCCAGAGUCCACCUGGGCGUCUGCUUGAAUUGGAUUGUUCGAGUCUCAGUCCCCCGCAGGCUGUCCGAGGGCGCGUUCAUCGCUGCAUCCUCAGCUCCUGGCGUAGUGCCUGGCACACCGUCUCACACAAUAAGUGUUUGGUGAACUAGGAAGGGGGGGGGGGGGCGCAUCAGGGACUGUGCCAAGCACUUCGCAAUGCUUCCCAACAAUUCUCAGAGAUAGUGUUAUUCCCAGAAGCACAGAAGAAACGGAGGCUUUGAGAGAUGAAGUAGCCAGAAAGUGGUAGAACCAGACUUCAACCCUGGCUUGUCUAACCCAGACUGCCCGCUCUAGGCGCUGGGCGCUGGGCUCUGGGCAUUCCCAGGGCUGUCCUGUGAUCACUGAUGGCCCUCAACGCCACAUCCAAAUGUGUCUCUGAGAUGCCAGUGUUAGAAAUAUGAGAAGACCUGAGCUGAUGGCCAUGUAGUUUCAUACCUUUCUUACAUGGAGGUCUCAUUUAAUUCCUCUAAUUAUACUACAAUGUAACAAAGGGAUUAAACUAAAAUAGAAAUAAAACUAGACAAAAAGCCCAGAGAUUAUCUUGUAAGGAAACAUUGCCAGGCUGAUUCCCAGAGCAGACGAGUGCCACACAGGAUCUGUCUGUCACAUGAAGAUUUUUUUUCCCCACAAGAAGGAUCUAUGUUUGCUGUUCCCAUCUCUGAAACAGUCCAUGUGUUUAAGAAAAUGUUUUUUUAAGUAGCAUACUUGCUUUCUAAUACUCUCCUGACUCUCUGUGCAUGGUUUUAGGGACAUCUUUAAGUAGUCUUCCUUCACCCAGGGACUCCACACAAUCUCUAGCAGUAUUUUUACCACCACCUUGGGGACAGGCCAUCGUUUUUGUGAACCACUUAUCGCUAC